AUGUUUAUCUCAUGCACACGUACUUUGCACGAACGCACGUUAUGUAUACGUCGCGCAUACAUAUGUCACGGUAACGAUAUACACGUUACAAGUUACAUCCAGAGGUGUACGCCAAUCACGCGUGCCUCUCAAACACGUCAGUACAUGCACAUCACAUGUACAUCGGAUGCACUAUCUCAUGCAGAUACACGUCAGAUGCAGGUGCAUCACGUACGCACACGCCGCAUACACGUCACGUGUGCUUCACAUUCACUUACGUUACAUAUGUGUCACGUGGAGCAAUUGGAUUGUCGAAAACUGAUAGCAGUCGAAAGUAACGAAUACGAGAUGAUAGCUAGCAAAAUCGAAUAUCGAAGAAAAAAAUAUGGCAAUAUCGAAGAAACAUUUUUUACAAACGAGCCAUAA